AUGGACAAAGAUAAAGGAAACUUCUGUGUGAAUACACAACAUUUCCCUGUCCCAAUGGAGGUCCGAGCUGCCGAACAUGCUAUAAUCCGCUGUGGUCAGCCCGGCCCCGGAGUCCAGCGCUCGGUGCCUGGACUGUGCGUCUUUCAUCUCAAUCCAGAGUCUUUCAGUGCCCUGUGCCCCUCUGCUAAUUCCUCGCCCCUACAGAGCUGA